UUCACUUCACUUCCUCUUCUGGAGUUAUUUAAAGAAACUGCAUCAGAGCUUUUCACUCUCUGUAUUACUUUCACAGGCCGAAAUGGACAGUUCUCAAGGAGGUAAAGCCUAUGGUCUACUCAAGUCUCAACAGGAAGAGAAACUCAACUCUAUCAAUGAGGCAUUUCUCUCAGACCCUCAGUAUGCAGAAGAGGAGGAUCUUAGCUCACAGCUCGAAAUGUUUAAACGGAAAUACAUGGAGUUUGAUCUUAACGACAAAGGAGACAUAGAUAUAAUGGGCUUAAAACGAAUGCUGGAAAAACUUGGACUGGCUAAGACUCACUUAGAGCUGAAAAAAAUGAUGUCAGAGGUGGUUGGAGGGAAAUCGAAAGACACCAUCAGCUACACUGACUUCCUGAAUAUGAUGCUGGGAAAAAAGCAUGCCAUUCUAAAACUGAUCUUGAUGUUUGAAGGUAUUGGGAAGGAGCAGGAGCCAAAGCAUGUGGGGCCCCCCUGUCGCAAAACCUUUUCAGACCUGCCCUGAAGGAUAUCUCCAUCCCAGCUGGGAAUGACUGUCAUUGUGACUUUUCUCUGUUGGUAGCAGUAAGAAACGUCAAACUUAUCACAAGAUUUGCAGUUUUUUAUGAAUAAAUGUGAUCUGUCUAAAAUGUU